AUGAAGGCCACUACCGCUGCUGUGCUGCUGUCGCUCUCUGCCGUCGUUAAUGGCCGUCCGGCGGUCGAUACCCGCUUCCCCUACACAGGGCCUGCAGUGCCCGUAGGUGACUGGGUUGAUCCGACGAUCAAUGGCAACGGCAAGGGCUUUCCUCGUCUGGUCGAGCCGCCUGCGGUCAAGCCGUCGUCUUCUCACCCGACCAACAACGUGAACGUUAUCUCGUUGUCUUAUCUCCCGGACGGCAUCCACGUUCACUAUCAGACUCCCUUCGGUCUGGGCCGUGUUCCAUCCGUCAAGUGGGGAACCAAUCCCCACUCCCUGGACCGUGUUGCAAAGGGCUACACCCACACCUAUGACCGCACCCCGUCGUGCUCAGAGAUCAAGGCCAUCACGCAAUGCAGUCAAUUCUUCCACGAGGUCUCUCUGGACAAUCUGGAGCCCUCCACGACCUAUUACUACCAGAUCCCGCCCUCCAAUGGCACCACCCAGUCCGACGUGCUGAGCUUCACGACUGCCCAGAAGGCAGGCGACCCCAAGGAAUUCACCGUGGCCGUGCUGAACGAUAUGGGAUACACCAACGCCCAGGGCACUUACAAGUACCUGAACAUGGUCGCCGAUGAGGGAGCCGCCUUCGCGUGGCACGGCGGUGAUAUCAGUUACGCCGAUGACUGGUAUUCCGGUAUCCUGCCAUGUGCCGAUGACUGGCCCGUCUGCUACAACGGCACCAGCAGCGAGCUUCCCGGUGGUGUGAUUACCGAAGCUUACAAGACGCCGCUGCCCAAGGGCGAGGUCCCGGACCAGGGUGGUCCUCUGGGCGGUGAUAUGAGCGUGCUGUAUGAGUCUAACUGGGACCUCUGGCAGCAGUGGAUGGGUCAGAUCACCAAGAAACUUCCUUACAUGGUUUUACCUGGUAACCACGAAGCCGCCUGUGCCGAGUUCGACGGCCCCGGCAACGUCCUGACGGCAUAUCUCAAUGAUGAUAUUUCCAAUGGUACUGCCGCCAAAGACGGCCUCACCUACUACAGCUGCCCGCCUUCUCAGAGGAACUUCACUGCUUUCCAGCAUCGUUUCCGCAUGCCCGGCGAGGAAACCGGUGGCGUGGGCAACUUCUGGUACUCCUUCGAUUACGGCCUCGCUCACUUCGUCUCCAUGGACACCGAGACUGAUUUCGCCGACAGCCCUGAGUGGUCCUUUGCCGAGGACGUCACUGGUGACGAGACCCUGCCCGAGGAGUCGCAGACGUUCAUUACCGACAGCGGUCCCUUCGGUGCUGUCGACGGCAGUGUGACGGAUACCAAGUCCUAUGAGCAGUACAAGUGGCUGAAGAAAGACCUUGCUAGUGUGGACCGCACCAAGACUCCCUGGCUGAUUGUCAUGUCCCACCGACCCAUGUAUAGCUCGGCAUACUCUUCCUACCAGAAGCACGUCCGUGAUGCCUUCGAGGCUCUUUUCCUCGAGUACGGCGUCGACGCCUAUCUCUCUGGCCACAUCCACUGGUACGAGCGCCUGUACCCCCUCGGCCCCGACGGCACUAUUGACACCGCCUCCGUGCUAAACCAAAACACCUACCGUACCAACGCCGGCAAUUCCAUGACCCACAUUAUCAACGGCAUGGCGGGCAACAUCGAAAGCCACAGCGAAUUCAGCUCAGGCCAGGGGUUGACCAACAUCACUGCUCUUCUGAACACCAAGGAUUAUGGAUUCAGCAAGAUGACGGUUGUGAACUCGACUGCUCUGAAGUGGGAGUACAUCCGUGGUGGUGAUGGAUCGCUUGGCGAUUCGCUUUGGCUGGUUAAGCCUGAAAACGGGCGUGGAUACUGUGGUGCUUAA